UGUCGCUACAUGCCCACGUGACAUCGGUACCACCUGCCGCUUUCGUCGCUUCUGUCGACCGAGAAUAUAUUAGAGAAGAUAAUUAAUUACUCUGUCGGUUAAACAUUCCGUUCCUUCCUUUCAUGCAACGUUAAUGUAAUAGACCGCGGUAUACGCGCACGCACGCACACGCGCGCACGCACAAACAGGCAGGCAGCAGCAGCAGCAGCGACCCGCCGUCUCACACCGACACGCUGCGUGGACCGAGACCGACCGACGUGCCACAGCCGCGGGGAUGUAGGGCGAGCACGUGAUGGGCGAGCACGGAGGACUGCUGUCAGAGAAUGCCACAGCCAGCCGAGACAACCGUUUGCUCCCGGUGGUUCGAUGCCAGCUUUAAAAUAUAGAUCGAGCAACGACUGACGUCGAGUCGUGAUUCUUCUUUUUUUCGGGGGGGUCCAGCGGACUGCGGUAAACGUCCUGCCGCCGGUAUGCCUCCUGCUCAGAGCCUUCAAUCCAGCAGACUGACCCUGUCCGAAACAAGCAUGGGUUCCUUUAAGAGGAGGAAGAGGAAAUCCAUCACGGUGACGGUGUUGCUGCUCAUCGUCUCCGUGCUGAUCCUCAUCUUCGGCCUGGCGGCGACCACCAGGACGCAGAACAUCACAGUGGGCGGGUACUACCCGGGAGUCAUUCUGGGCUUUGGCUCCUUUCUGGGAAUUAUUGGGUCUCACUUGAUAGAGAACAAGAGGCAGAUGUUAGUGGCAUCUAUUGUCUUCAUCAGUUUCGGAGUGGUGGCCGCCUUCUGCUGCGCUAUCGUGGAUGGAGUGUUUGCCGCGAGGCACAUUGACCUCAGGCCUCUGUAUGCCGGCCGCUGUGAGUAUCACUCCAGUGACACUUCACCUGAACGCGAUGUGCCGUGUCAGGGGUCAUCACGGUCGUCCUGUAACCUGCACGUGAAGGGCAACACCUGUUACUGCUGCGACCUCUACAACUGUGGGAAAGAACAUCCUCUUAUGGGACUACAGAAUAAAGAUGUUUUGAAAAAGUUUAGAAAAUCAUCCAUGCUUUGGAAGUCCAGCCGCAUGGAGAUGAUCGGAGGCUACCACGAGUAUACGGAUGUGAAGAGCUGCCAGGACGUGGUGCACCUUUAUCACCUGCUGUGGUCCGCUACGAUCCUCAACAUCAUUGCCCUCUUUCUGGGCAUCAUCACUGCAGCGGUGCUGGGAGGCUUCAAAGACAUGAUUCCCUCCGCUGCCUCAGAGACUACAUCUGAACCGGAGGCCAUCGCGGCGCCCGUCCCCCCGCGGCCUCCUGCGGCCGCCACCGCCAUCAACUCCUAUUACAACGCUGCCCCUUGCCUGCCGCCCUACACGGCUUACGACCUGCAGGGCUCCUGCCUGUUCCCCGACUCCUCGGGCCUUUCCGAUGACUCCCAGUCCGGAGCCAGCCACCUGUGGCCCACCAUGAUCCCUCCACGCUACUCUCCUCCUCACAACCACCCCGAGGAGAAGCCUCCGCCCUACAGCCCGUAGGGCGGAGGCUUCGGGCCGAGGAGGGCACCCCCGGGGGUGGGGGGGGGGGGAGGGAAAGCCCUCCAGGUGCUUUUCAGAUGCCGAUCGAGCGGGUUUGAAUGUUCAAUCCCUCUGAACUCUCGAGAACCGCGUUGAAGGAAAAAAAAAAAAGAGGGUGGUGAGGAAGAGGAGGGCGAUCACGGAGCACGCUCACUUUGAGUCCAAGCCCACGCGCUGAACGAGUGACUCCCCACCACUCACACUCAUGCCGCCACUGUGUGUGUGUGUGUGUGUGUGUGUGUGUGUGUGUGUGUGUGUGUGUGUGUGUGUGU